AUGAAUUUCAUUUUUUUUUUUUUAAAGUCUUUAGGUUAAGAUAGAUAAAACAUAUAAAAGUAAAAUAGAAUAUAUUAAGUUGUUUGGAAUGAUUAAUAAGAGAAAGUAUUAACUAAAUAAAGAAGUUAAACUAAACAAUUAUUCAGGUAAUUCAAUCGUUUGCACUAUUUUAGAAAUGAAAUUCCUUGUUCUAAUUGGAAUGAUUUAGGAGUCUUGCCAAUUUUAUAAUAAAAGACAUUAAAUGAGAAGAAAAAAUAAUAAAGAGAACACGUUCUUAAUAAAUAUACGGAUGACGAGUUUUUGACAGCUUAAGAACUAUAAUUUUACUAAUACUAGUGAAUAAUUAAACGCAUGUUUAGAUAAAGAAUUUUCUUAAAGAACAACCAAUUAGGUAAAUCCAGAUUUAUUAUUCAAUAUGGGAUUUUCUUUGGCUGAAUAGAUUUUAAAACAUUAUGGAAGAAUGAAAUCUGCAACCAUAGAUGAUAGAUUACAAUAUAUAAGAAUGAAAAUAAAAAAACUAAAUAAAAAUUAGCCUAAAGAGAAAAAAAUUAUAAAAAUAAUCUAUAGAAUUCUAUAAUAUGUAAUUGAAUAGAAACUAUAUCAAAGUAUGCAAAACAUUAGUUAAACAUAUCGAAAGAACAGGAAAACUUGUAGAAAAAAUUCCUAAUGAAAUACCAGGAGCUACUGAAUUAAAAGUUAAUGAGUAGGAUUGCUGAGAAAUAAUUCAUUACAAAACUAUAUAACUAUGCCUUUGAAAAAGAAAGAAAGAGAUAAAAUAUUACACUUAAUGAUGAAGAAAAUUUAUUUUUAAAUUAUCCAUCUAAAUAAUAAAUAGCAAAUUAUAAAUAGAUUCAACCUUAAAGCACAAGAUUGAAAAAUGAAAAAAAUAAAAGAAGAAUAUUUAAAGUAAAUGGCUAGACCUAUAAGUACUAUUCGUAUUCAAUUCACUUAAAACAUCAAAAGACAUAUUUUUCAUCCAUCAACAAAAUUAUUAAUUGACAAAAAGCUUGAAUGUGAAGAAAAUAAAUUAGUUAUAUUUAUCUAAUAUAUGCUUAAUAUAAACAAAUCAGGAUAAAAGAAAUUUAAAUUAGGCUUAAUAAUUCAUCCUUCUUUGAGAUAAAGAAGAAACUUUUUGAAAUUUUAUUCUGGUGGACUUUUUAAUUAGAUUGAAUUAGAACAUUGGAAAAGUCCAAAUUAUUAACCUACAUAAACAGAAAUAAAAGCAGCAAUUAUGAUGUAAAGAAAAUUGAGAUCUUUAUUUAGAGUAAAGAAACUAAGAUAAAAAUUAGAGAAAAUAAGUAAUUAAAUCUAUUAUUUAUUCAAAGAUAAUUGUGAAAGCAUGAUUCAUUAAAUCGAAUUAGGAUAAAAUUAAUAGGUAGCUUAUUUUUAUUUAAACAAAUCACUUGAGCUAUGUAAUUUACAGCUAAAGAUUAAAUAAAUUUUAGUAGUAUAAAAACCGAAGAAAAUGCUUGUAAAAACACUAAUCACAGGAGUUUCUACUCCUAUUAAAAAAGGAAUUUAAAGUUUAAGAAUUGCUGCUCCUUCUAAUAAAAUUAAAGUAGAUUAUUUAUUUGAAGCAGUCUAAAAAAAGAAUUAUGAUGAUAAAAUAAUCUCAUUUUCUUUAUUCUGCAAAUUAUGUAAUUCAUAAAACUAUGAUGGUAUCACUCUGUUCAUGUUGCUGUUGUAAAUGGUAAUUAGGGUGUUUGUAAAAUGGUUAAUUUUAUCAUUAUUACUAUAUCGGUAACUGUAGAAUGGUACAGAUCCUCAUAUUAUGGGUUAAUCUAGUCCUCCAAUUGAUAUGGCUAAAAUUUAAAAUAAACUCAAGUAUCAUAUUUAUAUCUUAUAAUUUUAGACAUUAGACUUUUGUGUAAUACUAAAAAUUAAAAGGAACUUGGUAAGAUUCAUUUUCAUUAAUAUACUGA